AUGUACUUGGAGUCCAUUCAUAGUUAAUCUAAGGUCUUUGAUAAAUUAGAUGAUGAAGAUUUCUUUGGAUUGAUUACUCUUCAUGAUGGAGUGUUUAAAAACAAUGAUCUUCAAUUAGAAAAGAAAAGAUUUAACAAAAUAAUCAAGAAGACAUAUAUGAAUAGCUUUUAAACAAAAUUUAUUUCUUUUGAUUCUGAUAGUAGCAAAUCUUCACUUCAUGCCGCUCUAGAUUUGGCAAUUUCACAACAACUGUAGAUAGAAAGAAUGCAAACUCACAACUUUGAGGGCCCUUAAAGAUGGAUUAUUGCUAUUGUUAAUGAUAACAUUGAUAAAAGAGACUUGAAAGCAUGUUUCAAGAGAAUUAAGCGGUAUAAUUAAAAGAAAUUGAAUAAUCCAAUUGAGUCAAAGAUUAAACUUAUUAUUAUCGGCUUUGAUAUUUAAAACGAAAAUCUAAUUAAAAAAUUUGAAAAGCUGUGCGAUUUAACUGUACAAGGAUGUUUUAUUAAUCUUCAAUGUCUACCAGAUUUAGAUUUCUCAUAUAAUGAAUCAAGAAGAUUUUCAUUAUCUAGUAAUCUAAGAAGAAAUUCAUUACAGAGUUUGGUAGGAAGAGGCAAUUACAUUGAUCCUGUAACUAAAGAUUAAGUCAAGUCGAAAUUGAAAUUUGUUCUGAAAAAAAUUGAACUUUAUAAAAAGGAAUAAUUACCCUUGAUAUUUGAGUAAUUUGAUUUUAACUGA